AAAAAAAAAAAAAUAGCGUUGGCCCGGGCAAGGCAACAUGCACUAGCCUGAACCUAAAUGUGUGUGAGUGUGCAGAUUAAAGGUUAGCGCGUGAUUCUGUUUAACGUGGUUAAUAGUUUUUCUUUCUCUUUCCUUUUUUUGUAUGUGUGUCUAAUCGUCCCUACAGAUGUGCUUUUGCAAACCCCGAGCGGAGCGGUAACAGUCGCAAGCUAGCAAAACGAGGCAUUAUCGCCACAGUGAAUUCUUAAGAACAAAAAGAAAAACACGAGGGGGGCGGCGGCGGAGUGAAUGGUUAAUCUGACGAAGGGAGCCUAUGCGAAGUGAACUGGGCAGCGGAAGGAAGCAGGAAAACACACGCUACAAGUCUGCAGAGGCUCGGCAUCUGAGGCCUGCCCGACGGGAUGGCCGCUGCACAGUCUGCAGCAGGACCAAGCACCUCGAGGAAUGACCACGAAGACCUUUACAGCGACCUGUAUCCCAGCGAUGAUGAUUUGGAUAAAACAUCUGAAGCAAAUGAACUUUAUGACGCUGUUCUAACUGGGACGGUUGAUAAAGACAAGAAGGCUUCGAGUAAAGUCGUUUCCAGAAAGAAUGCUUCGGAAGAGGGAACAACGGCGGAGGAGCAAACACAAAAAGAGGGAAAGCGAGCGAGGAGACUGUCUAUAUAUGUUGGAAAUUUUCCUUGGUGGACAUCAGACAAGGAUCUCACAAGCCUUGCCCAGAAACUGGGUGUCAGAGACAUUGCAGACAUCAUAUUUGCUGAAAACAAACUUAAUGGCCAGUCAAGAGGCUAUGCAGAACUGGUGGUGACCUCGGAAAAGUCUUUAAAAAUAUUGCUAGAAAAAAUGCCACAGUGUCAUAUUAACGGGGAAAAGAUAAAUUGUCGCUUUGCUACCCGGCAGAACCUUUCUGUGUUUGAAGACAUUGCAAAUAAACGUUCCAAGGAUUCGGAUUCUAUGGAAAAGACUCCCACAACAUUACCUUCACGGGAAUCCAGCGCUCUCCCUGCUCCACCACCACUUUUCCCAUCGAAUCCAUUUGCAAACAUGUUUCCGUCACCGCCCAGUCCUUUUCUCGGACGGCCGCCCCCGCUGUUUCCACACAUGCCACCACCGGUCCCUCCCCUCAUGCCACCUCACAUGUUUCCUCCCCAAAUCCCUGGCCUCCCACCGCCGGGGCUGCACCUAAACCCUCCUUUCUUCAACCUGACGCAAGACGGCGCCAGCAGCAAGUCGCACAAAGACAGAGGCGAGGAUGGAGAUCACGAGGAGCUGAUGAACAGAAACCGAGCAAUUGCCAGCAGCGCAAUCACCAAGGCAAUUUCAGGAGCUACAACUGGAGACCUGGGUACGGCCAUGGAAACACUAUUAACUGCUAUUGCCAUCAUUAAGCAGUCCAGAGUGUACGAAGAUGAAUGCUGUCAAGCUCUUGUCACCUCACUUAAAGACUGUUUGGUCUCCAUCCAAGGGGACUAUUCCUCCAAGCAAAGCCGUCAUUCCAGAGAAAGAGACCGGGACAGGGGACGCGAAAGAGACCAUGACCGGGACAGAGAGCGCGACCGAGACCGGGACAGAGAACGGUACAGAGAACGAGACCGAGACGGCGCUUACGACAGGGAGAGCGCGGGAGCGUCUCGGAGAUACCGAGAGCGUUCGUGGAGCGAAGAGAGAGACAGGGAGCGCUCACGAGAACGACACAGAGAUCACAGAGACCGGUACCGAUAAAUUGGGUGAUUUCGACCGAAGCCGAAAAGGAAAGGCAUUUUGUUUUUACACCAUGCUGUAUAAACAUCACAGGGAAUCUUAACCACAAAGUGUAAAGUGUACUUUUUUUCCCCCCUCUAAUAAUACUUGUAGAAUUUUGUUUUAACAAAAAGGUCUGUACAUUUUUUUUUGUGUAUGAUAGAAACAUUUGCAUGCAGUGACCACCUAUUAAUAACUUGAAAAAGUUUUUGUUUCCUUUUUGUAUAAACUCUACAAAUUGAAAAAAAAAUAAUUUCCUUGUAAACUGUUUUGUCACGAUCUUAUUAAAGUACCUAGAGAUCA